AUAAUAAAUUUAAUUAUAUCACAUAAAAUUUUAUAUAAAAAAAUGUGUUUGUAUUGUGUAGAAUAGAUUAUAUUAACUUGCGAUUGUAUUGACUUGCAUUUUCAAAGUUUAUCAAUUCAUCUCUGGAGUUCAUUUUUCAGUAAUAUUAAUUAUAAGAGAUUAUUCGAUUAAUAACCUGUCUCUACUUAUUGUUAGUUAAUAUCAAGCUUUGACGCUUAAAGUUGGAAAGUUUGAACUUUUUGGUUGACGCUGGUCUCGCGUGUAGUUGCAUGAUCGCUUGGGACGCUGCGCGCUGGGGCGAGGCGUCAAAUGAAAAGCGGCGGCCAAAGCCGAACGGAGAUAAAAACACAAGACGAUCAGAAACAUGAUAGAACGCGGAGCGAUCUAAUCCGACACACGACACAUGUUUGUACAAGUCGUCACAAAGUGCAGUGUUUGCUCAAUCGUUUGCGAAUGAUAUUCUGAACUCUAAAGUGGAUUUUGAUUUUUAUUCAUAUUAAACUAAAAAGUUAUUUAACAAAAAUAUAAUCAAACUUCAAGAACAAUGAGUAAGAAAAGAUCAAUUGAAGAGGAACAUCAUAAUUUUCAAGAAAAAUGGGAACUGCAAUAUUUUUGUGUCCAAAAUAAGAAUAAAAUAUUAUGCCUGAUAUGUAAAAACUCUAUUUCAGUUGCUGAGGAAUAUAAUCUUAAAAGGCACUAUGACACAAAUCAUAAAACAAACUAUGACCAAUACGUUACAAAACUUCGUGAAGACAAAUUGUCGGAAUUAAAAUCAAUUCUUCAAAAACAACAAAGUGUAUUCACUAAAUCUGUUGAAGACAAUACAGCUGCUUUAAAAGUUAGUUAUAUAUUAUCACAUUUAAUUGUAAGCCGAUCGAAACCAUUUACUGAAGGAGAAUUUAUUAGUGAAUGCUUAAUUAAAGCGGCGGAAGUAUUAUGUCCAGCACAAAUAAAAAAAUUUAAAAGUGUAAGUUUAAGUCGAAAUACUGUAGCUAGCAGAGCUGAUGAAAUAGCAGAGAAUUUGAGAAAUCAGCAUAAUUCAACAAUAUCAACAUUUCAAACCUACUCUAUUGCAAUUGAUGAAAAUACAGAUAUUCGAAAUGUCGCUCAGCUGGCCGUUUUUAUUCGCGGAUGCGAUGUUAAUUUAAAAGUAAGUGAAGACCUUUUGGAAAUCAUUCCUAUGCAUGAUACAACCACUGGAGCUGAUAUUUUUGAUGCACUUAUGGAAGUUUUGAAGAAGUAUAAGUUACCAUUGGAAAAGUUGGUUUGUCUUGCAACUGAUGGUGCACCUACCAUGACCGGUAUUGAUAAAGAAGUUGUUGCAAGAUUAAAAGAAACAUGCAAACAGCAUGGUAAUAAUAAUUUUGAACAUUUUCAUUGUAUUAUUCACCAGCAAGUACUGUGCUCCAAAGUUUUAAAUAUUGGACAUGUUUUAAAAAUAGUCACCAAAAUUGUAAAUUAUAUACGCGCACGUGGACUUAAUCAUCGUCAAUUUGCUUUAUUUCUGGAAGAUAUAGAAUGUGAAUACACCGAUCUACCAUAUUAUACGGAAGUUCGAUGGCUUUCGAGUCAUAAAGUGUUAAAACGAUUCUUCAAAUUGCUGGACGAAAUCAUAAUUUUCUUGGAAACAAAAAAUUAUCAAUGUGCUGAAUUAAAAGAUGGACAAUGGAUAAAGGACCUGGCUUUCUCAGUUGAUAUUACAAGUCAUCUUAAUCAACUUAAUCUUAAGCUUCAAGGCAAAAAUCAUGUUGUUACAACGCUAUUUGAUAAUAUUAAUGCUUUCAAACAAAAAUUAUUACUUUGGCGAAAACAAAUAGAAAAAGAAAACUUGUCUCACUUCGAAAGCUGUCAAUAUCUAUUGCUUAAAUCACCUAAAUUAAAAUUUGCAGAAUAUACUCACCAAAUUAAAUUGUUAGAAACGGAAUUUGAUCGAAGAUUUUCUGAUUUUAAAAGCUGUGAAUUACAAUUUCGUCUUUUUACUUCACCUCUAUCUAUCGAUAUUGAAAUUGUUGAUGAAAACUUACAAAUGGAAUUAAUUGAAAUCCAAUGUGAUUCUUUGCUGAAGCAAAAAUGUAUGGAAGUUGGAAUUCCAGAUUUUUAUACAUAUUUAUCUGUAGAUCGGUUUCCUAAAAUGUUAUCGUUUGUUACGCGUAUACUGGCUAUGUUCGGAAGCACUUAUUUAUGCGAGCAACUAUUUUCUUUAAUGAAAAAUAACAAAAAUUCAGAAAGAUCAAGAUUAACCGAUCAACAUUUAUCAUCAAUUUUAAAAAUUGCAUCAGCUCAAUAUAUUCAACCAAAUUUUGAUGACUUGCUUUGUGAAAAACGAUGUCAAAUAUCUUCUAAAAAGUAAUAUUAAACUGUAAUUUUGUUUAUUUCUUAUUAUAACUUUUAUUUUCGUUUUUUAUAAAAAAAUAUAAAAUAUUUAUAGUUUAAGUUUAAAAAAUAACAAAAUAUAAAACGACUAUGUAUGUAUAAUAUACAAUACAUUAAGUUUGAGUUUAAUAAAACAUAAUACAUAAUAUAAUCAUUCUGAAAAUUGUAUUUUAUUAUUUUUUUUGAACAUUGAAAACAUGCGGCCCCCAAUUUAAUACAAAAUAGAUCAUGUGGCCCGUAAUAUCAUAUGAGUUUGACAUGCCUGAUGUAGACAAUAAGUACCCAUAUCGAUGAGUCAAAUUGGCGUAGCAGGUAGAGUACAAGGUUCGUCAUUCUAAGGUCCCGGGUUCAAACCUAGCAGCGGCAAGUAAGAAUAAAAUAAAA